AUGUCUUUUGAGGAGAAAGAGGUUUCCAACACUAACAAGGUCCCAAACGUCUGGGCCUUGAUCCGGUCUUUCAUCAUCGCUCUCGUCCUAUCUAAUGCCUUGCGCGGAUUCCUGCCUACCAAGCCGCUUUACACCCCGAAAGUGUUUGAAGCCCUCGUCGUCAACGAUGCAUUUCCGAUCCUGCGAAAAAUCGAGAAAGACCCAAUCUACCCGUUCCACAUUUGCAUCCUGUUCUUCGGCAUCGAAUACCGCGGGGAAGGGAAAGACGAGUUUGACGCCAGGAUCUUUCAGAUGCUCGAGAAGAGGAUGGAACUGAUUGAGUUAGCCGCCCGUCUGCAAUACCGUAGUCUGCGGAAGCUGAUGAAAAUCGAUCAAUAUUUGGCUUUGUGCCUACUCGCGUUUAACGCCGGAUUUUCACCUCAACCGCAGAAACCCCCAAACCGCACUAAACUCUUCGAAGCCCUCCUCCUCGACUUUGUCUUCCGUCUCAACCGUCAAAUUCUGCAGAAGCUGACCGACUGGGAGGAGUGCUUCAACCACAUCUUCGACCCCGACUUCCAAUACGACAGUGAUGAAGAUGUUCAAGAUGAUGAAGACGAUGACCUCGAAGAUUUUGUGAACGUC